GAGAUAACAUUUAUUCACUAACAGUAGAAUCGGAUCCCCUGAGCUCAGCCUCAAUCUCCUGACUGGAGGUGACAGUGCUAAACAUUUCAAAAACACCCUGCUUGAUAUUCUGAGGUAAACAGAAUUCUAGUUGAGAAGUUUCACAGUUUGGGUGACCAUGACCUGAAUCCAUAUUGUCAUUUUUGAGUUUUAAGGUGGGUUCAUGAUCAGCAUUUUCAGUUUUUUGAACAUAGGAACAGCAAGCAAAACAUGAUCACUUGCCAGUUCACACACAGUCUUUUCAUACAUUAUUUAAUGUCUUGCCUCCUCUGGCAUAUCCUUACUUGCUAUAUAAGCAGAGGGGCCUGGAGGAGAGAAAACACACUCCUUGAUGAUGGGCUCCAAUGCACACACUUCUGUCAGACCAUCAAAGGAGGGUCUGGCUUUGGAACCGAGGAAACUUCAGGCAGUUCUUCCCUCUUGUUGAAAAAGUUUACAUGUUGGUGGAAUUUGAUGUUGGGAUGCAGAUGGUGGUUACACAAGGGCUAAAGUUUGUAAUGCUGCCCUUCAAAAUACCACGUGACCUUCCUCAGGGCACCACAGUGGAGUGGAGACACAACAGUAUGAAAGUCUACAAGUGCAUAGCUAUAAAUUUUGGCACACAGCACCAGCCUCGCAGAGAUCGUGCAGAGAUGGAUGGAUAUCCACUAACAACUGGAGACUUCAGUCUGACCCUUAGAGACCCCCACCUCACUGACAGUGGAGUCUACACCUGCACCGUCAACAACACAUACAGAGACAUCCUGCUACAGAAAGUGGUGACUCUCAGUGUCAGAGAUAAUGAAGUGGGCGUGUUGGAGGUGACACAAGGGGAGAGGUCUGUGCUGCUGCCCUUUCAAACCACAGCUGACCUUCGUCAGGGCGUCACAGUGGAGUGGACACGCUCAGACUCCAAACACACCAAAGUCUGCGUGUUUCAGAAAAGCCAAAGCCAGCCAGACAAACAGCACCAGGGUUAUAGAGGUCGUGCAGAGAUGGAUGAAGAUCCACUGAGAACUGGAGACCUCAGUCUGACCCUGAAAGACCUCCACCUCACUGACAGUGGGGUCUACACCUGCACCGUCUACAACAAGGAUGGACACAUGCUGCUACAGAGAGUAGUGACUCUCAGUGUCAGAGCAACCUUAAAGGGAGCCAUGGCAGACAUGCUGGCACGUCUCAGGAGGAGGAGGGCACCAAAAUCUGAGAUUAAAGUGGAAAAGAGGAACAUGAACCAAGAACAGGAACGUCUGACUGCUGAAGAAACAGUCUAAGGAGGAGGAGGAGCUGGUGAUGAAGAGCAGCCUGUGUGUAUAUACAGUAUCUCUUGUGUAUUCAGCCCUGAGGAAGAUGAAGGUGCAGCUUUGCUUUGGCCUUCCUCUGCUAACAGCUAACAGCUAACUAACCUCAGCCAGAUGUUCUGCAGCUGUUUGUCUAACAUUAGAAGUUUAUAAUGAUGAUGACCCCGAGCGUGUUUCUGCUGUUCUGAUGGAGUGAAAAUGCUUCAUUUGAGUCAAAGGUCAAAGCUGCUGACUGUCAGGAAGCAUCAGAGCUUCAGAGAAGAUCAGACAAACAUCAUGACACACCCCCUCUGACCCACGGGUCCUUCCUGCUCCAAUCUGAGCAGGAAGGACCCGUUAGAUAAACGUGGACUCUGAGUGCAGAGCUGGUUUGGAGCUGUGGAGACUUACUAAGGAGUAAAGUGGACAUGAAUGAGUCACAGAGGGAGGAGGAGGUGAACAGUGAUGUUUGUUAGACAUGAUCAGACUGAAGAGUGAACAUAAGAAGAGUUUAAUGCUGGAUUUAAAGAGAACAGGAAGAUAAGCUCCGCCCAGCAGCUGAGUCCUCUCUGCUCACACUGGUGUUGGACUGCAGACCUCAGGGAGUCUGCUUCCACAUCUGGUUUCCACAGCUGGAGGAAGGAGGACUGUCCCACGAGCACGCCUACGCCCUCUGUCAUUACUGAAGUAGUGAUGGUGUUUGAUCAGUGUGUGACUGUUUCACUGGUUCAAGCAGAGAUUUACAUAAAUGAGCUUUUAUGAGUUAUUAUAUUAUCUGAUCAGGCCGUUUGCUCCUGUUAAAGAUAAAUGUGCAUCGAACUUUGUGGAUAUUCAUAAGUCUAACAGUUUAAAC